UGCCAAAGCAAGACUUGGAAAAGCUUUGGCCAAGUGGUUCCAUUCUGAUGAUAUUCCUGGUAGGAAAGCAGAUAACCCAUAUUUUAUAGCAGCCAUUAAAUUAGCUCAACAGCUUGGUGAGGGUGUGUCUAUUCCGACAGGAAGAGAUAUAGAUGGCCCAUUACUAGACAUGAACUACAAUGACCUAAAGGCUCACAUGGAAGAUUAUAAGGAAAAUUGGAGUCAUUUUGGGGUUACUGUCAUGUGUGAUUCAUGGACAGGACCUACCAAGAUGUGUAUUAUUAACUUCAUGAUAUUUUGCAAUGGCCAAAUGUUCUUCCAUAAGACUAUCAAUGCAACUGGCUAUAUUCGAAAUGCUGAAUUUGUUUAUGAUUGUAUCAAAACAGUAGUUGUUGAAGAGAUUGGAGUAGAGUUUGUGGUUCAGAUUGUGACUGACAAUGGGUCCAACUACAAGAAAGCAUGCAAGCAACUCACAGCUGAGUAUAAACAUAUCACUUGGCAGCCAUGUGCAGCCCACACUAUAAACUUGAUGUUGAAGGAGAUAGCACAUUUUAUUGAGGUUGAGACAGUAGUGGAUAGUGCAAAAAGGAUUUGCAGGUUCUUGUACAACCAUAACAGGCUUCAUGCUAUGAUGAGAGAGAAGAUUGCAGGGGAGUUGAUUCUAUGGAAUGCCACCAGGUUUGGCACUAUUUUCUUGUUCCUGCAAAGUUUCAUGGAUAGGCGAGAUAAGUUUGAAGCAUGGAUGAUAUCUAGUGAUUGGAAAAAUAAUGAUUGGAGACAUGAGGAAGACCACAAAUUCACAUAUGAUUGCUUGACAAGUAGGCUAUGGUGGGAUAAUGUCGAAUUGGUUUUGAAAGCUGUCACACCACUUUAUUCAGUGCUUCGCUUUGCUGACCAGCAGAAGAAUGGGACCAUUUCUGGGUUCAUCCCAAAGAUGUUGAAGGCACAAAGUGAUAUAUUUGCUACCUUAAAGCAUGAUGAACGUGUGACAAGAAGUCUCCUAGAUAGGAUAAAUGAAGUAAUCAAUAGGAGGACAAGAUAUCUUCUCAAUGAGACUCUAAUGCUUGCAGCGGCUGCCCUUGAUCCUCAAUCACUCUAUCAACAAAAUUUUGCAAAGCAUCACAAUGCUCAGUUUGCAGUAACAAUGGCACUUAAGAAGGUAGCAAGCUCACCUACAGAGGCAUCAAUCGUGAUUGACCAAUAUGCAAAUAUCUUUUGUGAAAAGAAACUGUUGUUUGGAUCAAUUGAGGCUCGGAGUUCGGCACUUCGUGGUCAAACAAAAGCAGCUCAAUGGUGGACUCAAUACGGAGGACAGUGCAAAGAAUUACAAAAACUUGCAAAACUCAUUGUCUCACAAUGCAUGUCAUCCAGUGGGUGUGAAAGGAAUUGGAGCACAUUUGCUUUAGUUCAUACUAAAUUGAGAAACCAAUUAGGUUAUGAGAAGCUGCAUAAGCUAGUAUAUGUGCAUUAUAACUUAAAGUUGUCUAUCCAACAGUUUGAAAUAGAUUUCUAGAACCUUCAACAACAC